GAAGGCGAUGAGUCGAAGCCGUCGAGUCGUAAGUCAUCGACACAGACCACGACAACAGAUCCCACCAACAAAGAUAACCAACCAUUGAGUGCUGCCCGCCGUCAACUGCAACGACACAAACCGGUUGAGAGUCAGAGCAGUUCACAGAAUAUAAUAGUCACCAAUUCAUCCAUUGAUAUCACAAACACAUCCAAAGCUGAACCAAAUAGUGAGGCAAUUGAUGCCAACCCCGAUGUGGACGGCACGACACAUCUGCCCAUCUCUGGCAACGGAGAGUCCAAUUCCCAGUGCGUGUCUCCCGUCUCAUCCAAUGGUGGCGUCUAUACUAACGAAUUAUUAGAUUUGUUUUCAUUAAACAUUCACCGCAUAGACAAAGACGUCCAGAGAUGUGACCGAAACUUCUGGUACUUUACGAAUGAAAACCUGGAGAAACUUCGGAACGUAAUGUGUACUUAUGUUUGGGAACAUCUGGAUAUCGGUUAUGUACAGGGAAUGUGUGAUUUGGUGGCACCACUUCUGGUCAUCUAUAACGACGAGGUGUUGACCUACAGUUGCUUUUGUGAGCUAAUGAAGCGAAUGGUAGCCAACUUCCCACACGGCGGGGCAAUGGACGCACACUUUGCAAACAUGCGAUCUUUG